AGGUACCUCAACACGAUGUAUCGGAACCCUCUCUGGACUGUCCUGCGGGCGAGCUUGACAGGUGCUCCGUAACGUUCGACGUGGCACCGUCCAAGAUCCUCGCCGUCUUAAGCGAUUGGGUCCUCAUGCACGGCUCCACGCUGCCACAUGAGAAACAUCUCUACACCAGGGCCCAGCCAGGAAGUCAGCGCAUGGCGGCAUCGAAGAGCUAAACUCGAAUCAACACGACUUCGGCUCUCGACCUGCUCCAAAGGCAUCAGGACAAGGUUCGCCUCGUCGACGAUCCAACCUCCUCAAUUUCCAAGCGAACGCCAGCAGCUACUGCGUGGAGAUGCAUCAACCUACAGGUCGCAAAAACGGUGAUGAAACUCUACGAAGCAAGGCCAGCAAAUGCCUGGCCUUCGUGGCGCGUGCCUUGUCCUUCGCUUGGCUGCAAGACUCGUCGUUUUCGUCCAUUUCCUCCACUCUUUUCAUCCGGUGAUUGCGCGGCAGUCGUUCGACGGUGCAGAAACAGGUUCGCUUCAGCUGAGUUGUCAAGUCGUGAACAAGCAGAUCCGUUCGGGAUGGACAGUUCAAUGCGGCCGCCUUACAUACGCUUAGCCCUCCUUCGUGGGUCGGUGGCCGAUGGCAGUGAAUCUCGUGGCUGGGUAGCUUUGACGCUGCAUGAUCCCUGGCGGCACUACUCGGUACUGACAAUUGACCGCCUUCCUGUUAUCACAAGCAAACUCAAAGCCAGCCUGGUAAACAUGAAUCCAUGCCCGGUGGUUGUGGCAAACACGCGACUUGGAAAGCUUAUUCCAAGACGCGCCCCUAUACCGCGCAGGGUGCAGACUCCAAGGACGUGACAGGUCGUCUUUCACGGUCUGCAGUCAAGGGUGGCUACCUGAGCACUUUCCUUUCGAUAGUCAGGUCACGUUGAUAUCCGACGGAGCCAAUGUGAUGCUGAUUGCUACAUGCAUACGUGAUACUGCUCGUACAAGUGUGUAUCAGAGACUAUAGCUGCAUAUCUACAUUGUACGCUUCGCAUCCCGCUGCCUCCCAGGUUCGAAAUGCCUUUCCCUCGCAUUCUGCUGUCACUGGAAUAUCUUGAUGAUGAAUACCUACUACCUAGUAAAAGUUUUGCUCUCCGU